AUGGAUUACUCGUAUUCAGACAGUGAUGUAUCACUAUCCCCAUCUCAAAUAUUGGAAAAAUUAGAGAUGUUGCGGCAACUACAAUUAAAGCAACGCGGAAAACUAUUAAAGCAACGUUUGGACUACCAAAAUACACCUGAAAAUUCCUCUAACAAUACUGAACUAGUAAGUCAUUUUAGUAACAGCACUUCAUACAACACUUUUAAAAGUUUAUUAUUGACAUCUAGUGACAAAUCGGAAGCCGGUGUAAAGAACUCUGAUAUUACACCGAGAAGCAUACCCUAUACAAUUCAAGGAAAGAAUCUUCAAAAUGUUAUGGAUGGAAUUUCUAUACUUAAUUUGUCACAUGAAUCUAAUAUUUCUAGUUCACCUAUUUCCAACAGAAAUGUGACAAGACAGUCACCGCAAAGAGCAUUAGAAGAAGACCAUAAUGGUGCAGAAAUAAUACAAAAAAAACAACUAUCUUUAGAUGAAAUGCCAAUCUUAUCUCCCAAGAAGAACUUUGAGCAGCUAGUUAUUGAAACAUUGAAAAAUGACCCACCAGAAGGAAUUGCAAAGCCAAAAGCAGUAUAUAAAAAGAAAAGAACAUUUUUAAGAAAAGGUGAAGGCAUGUCUCGCUUUGGAAUCUCUAAAAAUAACCUUAUCAUCCAAAAUACAAAAUCACUACCAUGGAGAAAGAAAUCAGAAAAUACAAAAAAAACUGAAUAUAGCAGUAUACCAGUAAAAUCAAAGGAGAAAUUGCAGACUCCACAAGUUGUACUUGAAACAAAAAAAGUAGCCUUUAAACCAGAAUUUCAUGAAGUAGAUAAAAAGGAUCAUAAUAAACCAGAACCAAUAAUUGAAAACCCACAGCUGUUCAAUGAGGUAUCCAAAAGUAGUAAUUUAAUCUCUAGCGCUUCUUGUAAUCAAAAUGAUAUACAAAGUAAUGUUGAUAAAUUUAAAGCCAAUCAAAACCUAAAGCACAUGCAUCCUAUUUUCAAUAACAAAGGUAAAACUUGGGCUGCAGUCUUAACUAAAGAGCAAGAUGAUUUCUUAAGACAACUCAAGCAAAGUGACUAUUAUAAAAACUUUCCAUCUCCAUCUAAAAGUAUAAAUUCUGACAUAAGCUCCUGUGAUAGUCUGUCUAAAGUAACUCAUCAUAAAGAAAUCGCAGAACAAAACUUAUUUGAUUUAAUAGAGAGUAAAGUUUCUCGUGAUAGUUUUCAUAUUAAUAAUUCAUUUUUUAAUAAAUUUCUAAGACAAAAAGAAUAUUCUGGAGAAAGUACCCCAUUAGUAAUGCAAAAAUGUAUAGCAGCGAACCCUAAUUUAAUGCAUAUUGGCCCAGAAUUGCACCAUAAAAACAGGAAAGAAAUAUUGUGCAGUGAAGAUGAAACAUGCAUAAGUGAAUGUACAGAUUGUAGUGAAUGCUGUUCAGUAUCAACAUGUUGUUCUUGUCAAACAGUGUCACAAGUGAUUGAAGAAAAUAAUAGAAAAUUUGUGAAUAAAGACAUUAAAGAACAAAAAAUAAAUGAAUGUCAAAAUGACACCGCCAAUGGUGCUGACACUGAGACUGCAACUGCGAAUAUAGUAGAAAUGAAUGAAAAAUUAAUUGCUACCAGUGACUUAUUGAAAGAAAGGCUGCGAGAACUGGAAGAUGAAAUUGAAACAUUCAGGAAGGAAAAUGCCAAUAUUAACAAAAUGAGAGAAGAAAUAGAUACGGAGCGCCAAAAGUUCUAUGAAGAGAAAUCAGCUUUUGAACAAAAGUUUAAUGAAGAAAAAAUACUCUCAGAAUAUUACUUAGCAGAAGAAAAGGAAAAGCUCAUAAAACAAAAACAAACAUAUGAGCGAUAUGUUAGAGAAAUACGGGGUCGGUUAAAUAAAAAAGAAAAGGAUGAAGUGCUGAACUUGAAAAAAGAAAUAUCAGAUCUAAAAAAUGAGAUCAAAGCUAAAGAUGCUAAAUCCACGUCCACCAUAGCCAGAUUACGUAACCAAUUGAAAAUCAUGGAAAAAGAUAAACAAAACUUAGAGAAUGAAGUUGAGAAAUUAAAAAAAGAAAAUAAAAGAAUUCAACAUAGCAAUGACGUGACUCGGAGAUUGACCAAUAUUAAAUAUUUAGAACAAAUUAAUAAGAAACUUUCAGAUGUGGCAUCAAGAGAUACUAGAUCAAAAGUAGAUUCAAACCCAAACAUUAAAUAUAAAGCUUUUGAAAUAGAGAGACAGAGUAGGCUGAAAAAGACUACAGGCAUUCGGACCAGAGCCAAAAGUGUACCUAAUUUAAAUGUCACUUCUAAAUAUGCCAAAUAUUUCAGUCAGAAGGACUCUUUAAGCGAUAAAGAAAAGAACUAUUUAGUUCAAAGUCACACAUAUGUUUCAGAUAAUGACACUGAUAAUGAAUCCAUCAAAAACUCAGAAUGUCCUACUAACAUAGAUGAAAUUUUUUCUGAAGAUGAAAAUAAUUACUUAGAAAAAAUAUACAAUGAACGUUUUAAAUCAAGUUCACCAAGCAGCAAGAGAUCAAGUGGUAACAUGUCAGAUAGCUCCAAUUUGAAAAACACUCAUGAAGAUACAAAUGGUUUUUUCAUACAAAAAUCUAAUUCAGUGUCUUCUAUAAAAAAAUCUCUGUCGCCAAAUCAUAUAACAAACAGCUGUUUAAAUAUUUCUAAAUCUUCACCUAUAGUUGAGGAUGCAAAUCGUAAUUAUUCCUCUCAUUCAAACAGUAUCAAAGAUCAGAGAAGUCAAACAUACCGAAGGAGUAAAUCACCUAUUUCAAUUUUAAGCAACUACUCCUCCAGCAGUCAAAAACCUAUGACAGUCAUACACAAUGAUGACAGAAUGUUGCCAAGCCCUGAACCAACCAGUAGCAGAAGCAUAGAAAAAACAAGCUUAACUCCUAUAGAAAUAAAAAAACCAAAUGGAUCACGAGAGUUGAAAUAUCCAAAUGGUAAUGUAAAAGUGAUUUCUGCAGAUGGAAAAUAUAGUAAAUUCAUAUACUACAAUGGUGAUAUCAAGGAGAACUUCUAUGACGAGGGCAGAGUAAAAUAUUUUUAUGCUGAAUCUAAAACUUACCACACAACGCACCCAGAUGGAUUGGAAAUUCUUGAGUUUCCUGACGGCCAAGUUGAAAAGCGCUAUAAAGAUGGAUCAUCUGAAAUAAGACUGCCAAAUGGUAUGGUGAGAUAUUUUGACCCUAAAAAUGACGUAGUUCGUGAGGAUUGGCGCUAUCCCGACGGAACUUCACUUACGGUAUCAGCUAAUGGCGAACAACGUAUUCAAUUUCCUAAUGGGCAAAUCGAAGUUCAUGCAGCAGACCAUAAGCGUCGUGAGUUUCCUGACGGCACUGUAAAACUCGUCUACAAUGAUGGUACGUCGGAAACGAGAUAUGCCUCCGGUCGAAUCCGAAUAAAAGACAAACACGGGAAUCUAAUUAUGGAUUCAUCAUCAAGACAUACAUCUUGA